AUGGCCAAUCGCGGAACUCGUAAUCGAGCAUGCAUGGUUUGUUCUAUUGUUCAGACCGGCAGCGAAUUCUUCCGCAACGGCUGUCCGAACUGCGAAGAGCUCCUCAACCUUCGAAACUCGCAAGACGCUAUCCAGGAAUGCACAUCACAAGUCUUUGAAGGCUUGAUCACAAUGACCGAUCCCAAGACCUCAUGGGUCGCCAAAUGGCAACGGCUAACGAAUUAUGUCCCUGGAGUGUAUGCCACGAAAGUCGUGGGUCAAUUGCCGCAGGAAAUUGUCGAUGGAAUGGAAGACCAGGGCAUCAAAUAUAUUCCUAGGGAUGGGACAUCUGUUGAGGACGAAAUUGCUGCGUGA